AUGAAAGUCCAUCCUGUCUUCAACAUUGCCCUAUUACACAAAAAACCAGUAGACGAGUAUGACCUUGUCACAGCUGAUGGAGAAGAGGAAUAUACUGUUGAAAGGAUCCUAGACUCCAAGAAAGUGGGUCAACAAGUCAAAUACUUGGUUAAAUGGAAAGGGUAUGGACCAGAGGAUAACACAUGGGAGCCCAAGGCCCACUUAGCCAAUGCCCCUGAAAAAUUGGCUAAGUUUCACCGUGAACAUCCAGAGGCAGCUGGACCUUAA